GCAGACAGAAGUCAAAAGGCUUCUUGAAUACAGAACUGUGGUGCAGGCAGAUCAUGUUAACAAGCGAACAAACAUCGGUGACAAAAUACAGAUUGCAAUGGUGAUGGAACCGGAAAAGAAACAUAGUGAGAGUUCACAACAGAGCACAGUCAGAGAAGAAGAUGGGAGCAUAGACCUGCCACUGGACCAGGUGAGACUGGACCAGACUGUCAUGGAGAUCCCCGUUUCCACCAGUAACCGUGACGCCCAGUCCAGCAGUAGCCCAGGGAAGACAGACGAGAGGUCUUUUAUAGCCAGUCUCAACUGUUUUAUGAAGGACAGAGGUACACCAAUCGAGAGAAUACCACACCUGGGGUUUAAGCAGAUUAACCUUUGGAGAAUCUACAAAGCGGUUGAGAAGCUUGGGGGAUAUGACUCUGUAACUGCCCGGAGACUGUGGAAGAGCGUGUAUGACGAACUGGGAGGCAGUCCAGGAAGUACUAGCGCUGCCACCUGCACCCGCAGACACUAUGAGAGGCUUGUCCUGCCCUUCGAGAGAGAGCGGAGAGGGGAGGAAGACAAGCCCCUGCCUCAAAGCAAACCGCGGAAACAAUAUAAGAGGGGCCUGGAGGGCAAGGGGUGCAAGUCUGACGGCAAGAGGAAGAGCACCCAGCUGGAGAAGGACACAGAUUCUCCGGCGGUUUCCCAGGUGCAGAGCAGACCAGAGGCUACCCAGUGUCAGAGCGGAGCAUAUGUGCCUUCCUUCGCAGGCUGCUCAAAGCCGAACAAAGAUGGCGACGACCACUCGCACACCCUCUACACGCCGCACCCCCAGCUGGUCUCGACCCCCGCCGCGUUCUCCUGGAGCAGCCACGGGCCUUCCACGCCUGGGGAGGUCAUAUCCCCCCUGGAGAAGAAGAAGCGCAUGGCCCAGGCCAGCCUGGGACUGAGCCCCGGCUGCAGAGAGGAGGAGGCGAAGGACAGGCCCUCCGUCAUCCACUGCUCCCCGUCUUCGGGCCUCCAACCCAGCGUCCACAGCUGCAACUCCUCCGAAGGCUCUCCUCUACCCCGCUCCUCCUGCUCCUCCCGCUGCUCCUCCCCUUACUCCGUCUCCUCCGAGGACGGCGCGGCGCAGCCCGCUGACAAAACCUUGCACCUCCGCCCGGAAUCACCCCACGCCUACCCCGCAGGCCACCUCCCUGCGUCCAGCCCCGGUGGAGUUCCCACCCCCCAGAGCGGCUUCAGCGGUAAAGACGUCCCCGACUCCUCCAGCCCACGUAGAAACGCUCCCCUAACGGGCUCCCUGCCGGCUGACGCGGUCCCUAUCAAAAGCCAGAGUAAACCACCUGUGUGGAGCCCUGUCCGCAACAUGACCAGCGGCCUCCCGGCUCCUUACAUGGUGCUCCCAACGCCGAGCGCUUACGCUGUCAUUAAGGUGCCUUCCGCCAGUGCGUCGGGUUUCACCAAAGUUCCUCACAAAUCUGUGGAGCCUCUGAGGCCCAUUCCUUUUCAGCCAGCUUACAGACAUCUCCAGAACCCGAACAGGUCGAUGCAGCACGACGGCACUUUGACCUACGCUAAGAGGAUCCACGUAGCACCUCCUCCGCUUUACGUGGCAGAGAGGAAAGAGAGGUCCAGAACUAUGCUGCCUAAACCUCAACCCUCCCAACAGGCCGUGUUCCAUCCCACCUCCGGCAUUCCCGUGUCCUACCUCGUACCAGCCUAUGACAGAGCAGCUAGGGACCUUCGACAUCCACAAGGCUUCCACCCUGUUUUUCUGCCCGGCAACAUGAGGCUGCCCCAGGCCCAGCCCGGUCCAGUGUAUCAUCGCCAUGUCACGAUGGGACCCAACCAGUCCGCCCCCUACGACCCUGCGCACUACCAUCCCUAUCCGUCUCCUGUGUGGAAUAUCCAGACAGGUUACAGACUCCACGGGGCGAAUCCACAUUAUUCUCACACCAGGCUGUGAUCCAAUCCCACUGAACUCCACUGUCGAGUCUUACAGUUUUUCUCGAUUGCUUUGGCUCAAUUCUUGAAACAGAAAUGACAUUCUCAAAGCUCCACGUGCAUUUA